AUGAAAUCUAAAACAAUCACCCAGCCCCCAGAUGCUUUAGCUACAUGGGAUCCAAACACAUCCCCAUGCAACUGGACCCGGGUUUCAUGUGGUGAUCAUGGCCAAAGGGUUGUAGAUGUUGACCUCUCUGGCCUUGGGAUAUCCGGUCCAGUUAAUCCCCAUAUCGGGAACUUGUCUUUUCUAAGAACACUUCAACUCCAAGAAAACCAGUUUCAGGGUAUAAUUCCUGAAACAAUCACCAAUCUUUUACGCCUACGAAUCCUUAACAUAAGUUUUAAUAGCAUCCAAGGCGCCAUUCCAGCAAACAUAAGCCGUUGCAUGAAGCUAAGGAUUGUUGAUUUCAUGCAAAACAAACUAUCAGGUUCUAUUCCUGAAGAUCUCACUCUACUUGUGAAUCUUCAAAUUCUGAACUUGGCAGGAAACCAUCUUUCUGGUUCAAUUCCACCUUCCAUUGGUAACCUUUUGUACUCGCAAGGUGAAGGUCUUGGUUUUUUAAACUCAUUGGCAAACAGUACAAAGCUUGAUUUCCUAGCCAUUGAUGGUAAUGGUUUUGACGGUGCCAUCCCAGAGUUCAUAGGCAAUCUUUCUAAAAAACUUAGAAUGUUGUACAUGGGUUCAAACCAGAUAUUUGGCAUCAUCCCACCCUCCAUUAUGCAACUGCAAGGUUUAGCCUUACUAAAUUUAAGCUUCAACACCAUUUCCGGUGAAAUUCCUUCCGAAGUAGGCCAGUUGGAAGGCUUACAAGAGCUUGUUCUAGGCAAAAACAGAUUGACUUCUAAUAUCCCAAAUUCAUUGGGUAAUCUUCGGAAGUUAGGAAAAAUUGAUUUAUCAAGCAAUGAAUUGGAAGGAAGCAUACCAACUAGUUUUAAGGCUUUCGAAGGGCUAACUUACAUGGAUUUGUCCAUGAAUAAGCUAAAUGGGAGUAUACGCAGGGAAGUUCUUGAUCUCCCAAGUUUGACCACCAUCCUCAAUCUUUCGAGCAACUCAUUAACCGGCUCUUUGCCUGAAGAUAUAGGGAAUCUAGAAAGAGUGGUGACAAUUGAUCUCUCUAACAAUCGUUUGUCAGGCAAUAUUCCAAACUCGAUUCAGAAUUGUAAGAGCUUAGAGCAGCUGAUCAUCUCUGAAAACUCUUUCUCAGGAAAUAUUCCAAAUGGUUUGGGUGAAAUAAAUGGUUUGACAACUCUAGACCUUUCCUCCAAUGAACACUCUGGUUCAAUCCCUCUUAAUCUUCAAAACUUAAAAGCCCUCCAAUUCCUGAACCUUUCUUUCAACAACUUGGAAGGAAAUGUUCCAAGCAAUGGGAUUUUCUCAAAUCUCACAAGAGUCCAUGUUGAAGGAAACCCAAAGCUAUGUUAUGAUUCCAAAUGUAGAAGAAGUGAUACCAACAAACUGGUCAUGAUUUUAGGUGCAGCAACCGCCUCGGUAUUGUUAGUACUUAUAUCAAUCGCUUUGUUCUUUUACUUCCGGAGAACUGCUGCUAAGGCCACAAACACUUCUUCUGAUUCCUACAAGGGCAAACAUUACAUGGUGACAUAUGACCAGCUCCGAACUGCUACUAGGAACUUCCACGAGGACAGCCUGAUAGGACGUGGGAGUUUUGGCUCUGUCUACAAAGGCUGCCUCGACCUUGAAGGACGGCCACAAGAAAUAGCUGUGAAAACGCUCGACGUUGAAACCACCGGCUCUAUACCUAGUUUUUUGGCUGAAUGUGCUGCACUUCGCCUUCUCAGGCAUAGGAAUCUUGUCAAGUUGAUAACGUCCUGCUCUAGUUUGGAUCACAAGAACAACGAAUUUCUUUCACUGGUGUAUGAAUAUAUGAAGAAUGGGAGUUUAGAGAAGUGGAUCGGGAAUGGAAUGAGCUUGAUGGACAGGUUAAACGUAGUGAUUGAUGUAGCGUGCGGGUUGAGUUACCUUCACCAUGAAUCUGUGGUAGCUCCGGUGGUGCACUGUGAUUUAAAGCCAAGUAAUGUUUUGUUGGAUGAAGAUCUGACUGCAAAAAUUGGAGAUUUUGGGCUUGCCAGAAUGUUGAUUGACAAAGAUCAAUCUUUUAGCUCUGCACAUGUUCUUAAAGGUUCCAUGGGUUACAUACCUCCAGAGUACGGUAUGGGAGCAAAACCAUCAACCAAAGGAGAUGUAUACAGUUAUGGCAUUAUGCUAAUGGAGAUUUUCACCGGGAAGAGUCCAACAAACGAGAUGUUCAUUGGUGGCCUAUCCCUAAAGACGUGGGUGGAGUCUGCUUUCCCUGAUAACUUGGGUCAAGUGUUGGAUCCUGAUAUGCAUCAGGAACCAGAUGAAUUCUGCUCGGAUAGUCACUCUAUGAGCUUUAAGGUACAACUUGAUUGUCUCACAACUCUCAUAGGAGUUGCACUUUCAUGCACCAAUGAUUCUCCUGAAGGAAGAAUCGCCAUAACUGAGGCUCUCCGUAAACUCAAGUGUGUUCGGGAUAUGUUUCACAAGAACCAUCCAUCAAUCAACGUCGAGUGCUGA